GGGCUAUUUAAAGUUUAACUCUACAGUUGUCAGAGUAGUUAUUGAUUAUCAGGUCAACUUGUGUAUUUACGUACUUUUGGAAUGCGAUUGAAUAAAUCAGCAGUUGAAUUAAUCUCUCUCUGAAUUUUGUAUCAACCUUACGAGUUAGGCUGAUUAUACUUCUAAUUUUUCUACGCGAUCACAACACAAAAAUGUUAUACUUUGAAGAUUUUAUGGAAGCAAUCGAAAAUAUGCCAUCCGAACUCAAUGAAAGCCUUACAAAUGUUCGGCAAUUGGACUUACAAGCUCAAAAUAUCUUGCAUUCAUUAUCCGAAACAAUUCAAACCUUCUUCGAAAAUUGCAGAUUGGGUAAAUUAUUGGAAUAUGAGAAAAAUGCUCAAAUUUUGAAUAUCACCCGGGAAUACGAACGUGCACUCGUCCACUGCAAGGAUAAACGGGAUAUUGUAGAAAAUAUUUACUGCACAUAUCGCAAACUAGUAAGAAAACUAGAUAUCGAAUUGGAAAAGUUUCGGCUUGAAUUGGAGGCGGAUAAUUCAGGCAUAACAGAGCAAAUAGAAAAAAAAGUUCAGAAUGCACUGGGAAAGUCGGUGACAACACCUUCGAAAGCUGAACGUAGACGUCAAAGACUACGAUUUCAACAAUCCGGCCACUGCAAAAGUAGCUUCUCUAUGAGAAAACGGUUGGUUGGUUCAGUCUUCAGAGCAGCACUUAAAUCUGCCUACAUGAGACCUGUGCAUGCAGGAGGAGUAUCGUCUGUAGGAAAGGCUAAUUUCUCACCCGAGAAUAAUCAAACUUCCUUCACUAACUCCGGUUUGAAAUCUGGAUCCCAUUCUCAGGAGACAGGAUUUCAUAGGAAAAACCCUGUUCAUUCAGAUGCUCUGAGUCCUCUUAAAUCUGUUGACGAAAAUACUAUGUGCUUGGAUCACCAUUCUAGUGACAGUUCUUAUGACAGAACCUUCGACACCACGGGUCUACCAGCAGCUGUUACAAAGUUCGAGGAAGAUGCUAUAAACAUUCAAAAUAUAGGUUCAGGGUUUCAGCCUGCAAUUCUGAAAAGCAAUCCCUGCUUGCUGCAAGAAGUUUCGCUUGAUUCUAAAUCUCAUUCUGGAAUGCACGAUCGCAUGAUCAGAAGCAACAACUCAUCCAAUAGCCAUCUGUUUUAUGAUGCAGCGGAAAGUGGUUUGCUAGAUCGUGAUAAACUCAAUUUGACACCCAGAUCAACUUCAAUUGACACUCAGAUUUUAGAAGAUAUUGCUUCAUCUCCCUGGCCGGGUUUGACACCAACUUUUUCCGGUGGCCGAGAGAAACGUCGAUACCCCCGGAAACUUGAUAGACUAGGGUUACCGUGUGACCUUGUCGACGAUGACUUGGAGAAGCUUGAUGAUUCGCCUACCUGUGAUGUUAACGCAACACCAAUGCAUGCAUUUGAUGACCACACUUAUGAAUUCAACAGUAAUCCCAAACCUGAAAAUAGCACUGGUCGUCCGGACGACGAUGAUGAAGAUUACAAACGUUACUGCAUUUGUCGCGAUGUAAGUUAUGGUGAUAUGAUAGCCUGUGACGCCCCAGACUGUCCAUUUGAAUGGUUUCAUUAUGCCUGUGUCAACCUUACUGUUGCACCGAAAGGUCGGUGGUUUUGUCCAACAUGUUCCAAAUCACUUACCAAUAAAAGAAACCUGAAAAAAAGUUCAUCUAGGAAACAGUAACUGUCAACUGCGCUUCUUCCAAUAAAUACAAUAAUACACCACAUCAAUGCAGUUCCAGUAUAUUUACUUUUUAAAACAAUUUAUAAGCACAAACAGGAAGUAUAUAAAUAAAUAUGCGAUUCACAGACUGGAUUAAAAUGAAAAAAAGCUGAAUAUAGUGAUAUUACGUUUAUGUACAUGAUCAAGGCGUCUGAUACAUCCCAGAAGCAUAGAAAUCCCACUGUAAAUAAUUCAAUUUACAAAGCUACUCUAUACAUUGAUUUAGUUUUAGUGGAAUUGCAGCAGCUCAUCUUAUACCUUGAGGAGCGUUUCAUUUUAUGAUGAUUGUGUCGUUGACGAAUACAUGUUGGACGUACCAACUGCAUAAAAAAAUGAAUUCAGUUAUUUUUAAAACGAUUAAGUUUUUAAUGUAAGAAGCAGUUUCUAUAUGAAGUCAAAGAUAUCAAAUUUUGCGGUUAUAUAUUAAAUGCACUUACUGUUGUGUUACGUGUAAUAUGAAUGGUUGAGAAUGCUAGUUGCGCUUGGCGGAAAAGUUUAACACUUCGAAAUUUCUGUCGGCAAACCAAAUAAAGUUGCUCUGGACAUUA